UGCGAAGAAAUUUUAGCGAGGAGAAUCAAAUUUGAAACUUUCUGAUUUGAAACGAUCACAAGUACGGUUAACCGGCUGCCGCACCGGAUCGCCUCUCCCUUGCGUCGAAUCUCCGCCAGUCUCGUUAUUCUGCGAAACAUCGCGCGCUUUCCAGUUCUAGAGAUUCGGAUUCCGUACAUCGCCCCCAACCGUUUGGAACUUAUCCCCUGGGAAUCAGAAUCCCCAUCACAUUCAUCGUCUUCGCUCUCUUCUCUUCUCAGUCAGACCGGUCCCAUUCGGCCAUUCCAACUGACCCGCUCAAGAACUGCUUGCUGCUGCUUCGACCGUGACUGCCGCUGCAAUAGACGGAUACGGCGUGAUGGCCGGAGGGUACGAGGGCAACGGGGUCGGGGUGGGGCGGGCCGGCACAUGGGUGGUCGGCACGCCGGUGGAGCCCCAGGCUCAUCCCGGGAACCGGCAGGCCGCCACUUGGGCCGCCGGCGAAGCUCAUCCUCCUCCUAAUCAGUCCGCCUACAUGAACAACCCGACGCCUUCCGCGUCGUACUCCGCAAAUCACAGCAACGGCGGGGGAGCUGGAAGCAACCCGUACGUCUUCGUGUCCCCAGUUCCUCCAGCUCACUCCUCGUCCUCCUCCGCCUACUCCUCUGGGAGACGUCCGAUGGAUAAGCUGUGUGAUGUGCUGAAUCGGUGCGGGAAGAGGUUCGAGGAGGCCACUCGGAGAACGGAGUACAUGGCUGACAGCGUUUGGCAUCAUCUGAAAACUGGCCCAAGUGUGACCGAUGCAGCAAUUGCAAGACUUGCUCAGGGGACCAAGGUUCUGACAGGAGGAGGACAGGAGAAGGUGUUUCAACAUACAUUUGAGACGCUACCGGGAGAGAAGCUCAUGAAGGCUUAUGCUUGCUAUCUAUCAACUUCCUCGGGGCCUGUGAUCGGAACCCUGUACCUGUCCACCAAAAGGCUGGCCUUUUGCAGUGAUAAUCCCCUGUGCCGUUAUACUCCGACUGGCCAGCAAGAGUGGAUGCACUACAAGGUGGUGGUGCUAAUCGAUCAGUUGAGUGCCGUUAAUCCUUCUGCCAACAGGAUGAAUCCUCAUGAGAGGUACAUCCAAGUUAUCACGGGGGAUGGUCAUGAAUUCUGGUUCAUGGGUUUCAUAUCGUACGAUAAGGCUCUCAAGAAUAUCAACGAGGCUUUACAGCAGUCUCGCAACCAUUGAAGGAUAUGACCCGUUGCCCGUGGCCUCUCUGAGCUAUUCGAUCAGAACACCACCUUGGCGUGUUCUAUGCCUCUGCUGGUCAGACGGUUGGUGUGAACCUGAUCUUCAGUUGAUACCCAUGUCAGCGAGUUAUUCCAGGAACCAUGAAUCACGGGUUCUACACGUUGUUGUUGUUAUUUUUAUAUCUUGUGUGAUUGCAGAUGGAUAGAUAAUUCGUCUGUUUGAUUAAUCAAUUAAUUUACGUGUUCGUCAUGGUUGCCACCAGAUAGCCAUUGAUGUUAAUGAGUCUUCAUUAGUUUAUUGAUUAAUAUAUAUAUAUAUAUCGUUGAUCAUGCGAUAUUAUUCUUAUAA